AUGGCCGACCUCCGAUUAGCCGAUGAGUCGCUUUCACGUGCUAAAGAUCUUGUUCCGGUGGCUUUGGAAAAGGCACGAGAAGUGAAAGAAUUCCCAGGAAGAUGGAAAAUGAUUAUAUCUCGAUUAGAGCAAAUCCCAUCUCGUUUAUCAGAUUUAUCAAGCCACCCAUGUUUCUCGAAGAACACGUUAUGCAACGAACAAUUAGAAGCAAUCUCCAAGACUUUGAAUGAAUCAAUCGAGUUGGCAGAAACAUGUUCAAAGGGAAAAUACGAUGGAAAGCUCCAAAUGCAAAGCGACCUCGAUUCAUUAUCAGGAAAACUCGAUUUGAAUCUUCGAGAUUGCGGGCUUUUAAUCAAAACCGGUGUUCUUGGUGAGGUCACCAUGUCAACCGAUCUUGAAGGUACAAGUCAUCGAAGCACGGACAAUAACAUCCGAGAAUUACUUGCGAGGCUGCAAAUUGGUCAUUUGGAAGCUAAACAUAAAGCUCUCGACACCCUUGUUGAUGUGAUGAAAGAAGAUGAAAAGACGGUUUUGUCCAUCGUGGGACGUAGCAACAUCGGAGCUUUGGUACAACUCCUCACCGCUACUUCACCAAGAAUCCGGGAAAAAACGGUUACUUUGAUCUGUUCAUUGGCGGAAUCUGGCGGUUGUGAAAGUUGGCUAGUUUCGGAAGGUGUUCUUCCACCUCUAAUCCGGUUGUUAGAAUCCGGAAGCUCAAUCGGAAGGGAAAAAUCCGUAAUCGCCCUUCAAAGACUGUCAAUGUCGGAAGAAACCGCAAGGGCGAUAGCGGGACACGGCGGUGUCCCGCCUCUCAUCGACAUUUGUUCCACCGGAAUCGGUGAUUCCGUUUCCCAAGCUUCGGCCGCUUGUACUUUGAAAAACUUAUCUGUAAUCCCCGAACUGCGCCAAACCCUAGCCGAAGAAGGAAUCGUGAAAAUCAUGAUUUCGGUUCUCGAUACUGGAAUCUUGUUGGGAUCAAAGGAAUACGCAGCGGAAUGUUUACGGAAUUUAACCUCGAGCAACGAUGAUCUAAAAAGAUCGGUGAUUAACGAAGGUGGGGUCCGCAGUCUAUUGGCUUACCUCGAUGGCCCAUUACCUCAAGAACCCGCAGUUGCAGCUUUACGGAAUUUGGUCGGGUUAGUGUCAAUGGAAACCCUAAUUUCACUCGGACUGCUUCCGAGAAUCGUCCACGUGUUAAAAUCGGGCUCACUCGGGGCCCAAAAGGCUGCCACGUCAUCGAUAUGUCGUAUUUGUAACACGACGGAAGUGAAAAAACUCGUUGGUGAAAGCGGGUGUGUCCCGUUGUUGAUCGGUUUGCUCGAGGCUAAAUCGAAUGGGGUUCGGGAAGUGGCAGCUCAAGCCCUUGCGAGCCUAAUGACGGUUCAAUGCAACCGAAGAGAGGUUAAAAAAGAUGAUAAAAGUGUCCCGAGUUUGGUUCAACUGCUUGAUUCUAGUCCGCAAAAUACGGCUAAAAAAUACGCGGUUUCUUGUUUGGGUUUGCUUUCUUCGAGCAAAAGGUGUAGGAAACUGAUGGUUUCUUACGGGGCAAUCGGGUAUCUCAAGAAACUCAAUGAGUCUGAGACACCCGGUUGUGGGAAGUUGCUUGAGAAGUUGGAAAGGGGGAGGUUGAGAAAUUUGUUUGGGAAAAAGUAG